GAGAAAGAGAGAGAGAGAGAGAGCAAGAGACCGAGGGGAGAUAGAGAGCGCGAGUGAGAGAUUGAUCAUGAGCAUGAUGCGGCGGCUGAGCGGACUCGAGUCGUCGACAAAGGGGCCGAGGAUGUCGCUCUCAGUGUCUGGCUGGCGACAGGGCGAUGUGGAGGAUUGGAACGUGGAAGAUGUGAAGGAUGCGUUGGAAGGGCUGCAGGUUCGUGUGGAGGCCAAGGAGGCCGCGCUGCGGACGGCGGAGAUUGUGCUGCGGGCGACCAAGAAGGAGGUCGAGGCUGUUGACGCCCAGGCUGUGGUGGAGGCGCGCAAGGCGGCGGCAGUUGAUGCAGCCGAGCUUCGGGCAUGUGGCGAGCUGCUCGAGUCGAUCAAGGCGGACCAGGCACGCCUGGAUACAGCGCGCGAGGUGGCGGCGCAGGAUGCAGCGGCGCAGGCCGAGGCCGACGCGACGAUGGCGCAGAUGUCGGCACAGCGCGAUCGUCUGCGGGCGCGGGUGGCCGAGCUCGAGCUCAAGGCGCGGAUUGCCGAGGAGCAAGCAGCACAGCUUGCGGCGUCGAUCGAGGCCGAGUACGCCGAGCAGGUCAAGGCGCGCGAGCUCGACGGGCCGGCGGCGUCGUGUGUGGCGCUUGAGAGCGAGGCCACCACGCUCUGCUCGGAGAUCGAGGCUGUGCGGCGGCACGUAGGGACGCUCAUUGAUCGCAACGGCGGGACGGACGAGAUGUACCCGAUUCCGCUUCCUGCACCGUCGCAGUAUGACGCCGACAUGCGCGCACUUGGCGAUGCGCUUUGGGGAUGAGUAAUUGAAAAUGUAACAUAGCUG